CGAUUUCUUGUGGGAAAACGAAUGCAUGCAUAUCACAGUAUCAAUUACCGAAAUCGUUUAUAAUGCUAUAAAUUUUUUCAAUCAUUCCAGAAGAGUUUGGAAGGGAAAUCCACUCUGAUUGAAUUGUUAUUUUUCAUCGUCUUUUAAUCACAUUAAAGUUACUACCAUCAUGAGGGGAUUGAAUUGAGCUGCGUCUCCACUGACCGAAUGAGAUAAAUACUGAAAUAUGAAAAUCUAAUGAGAUUGGAUCAGGGUAUUAGGUUGCAAACUUGAAUCAUGUCAUAUCCACCACAUCAACCUGGGGGAUAUCCAACUGCACCUCCUCAUCCUAACCCACAAGGAUAUCCUCCUCAACAAGGUUAUCCAGCACCACCACCGCCAGGCUAUCCUGGAGGACCUCCACCACCCCCUGGAUACCCGCAAGCACCACCUGGUUAUGCACCUGGUGCCUACCCAGCCCCACCAGCUCCUGGAUAUCCUCAUCAGCCACCACAUCCAGCAGGAUAUCGUCCUCCAAUGGGACACAACCCUCAUGGUGCUUAUGCUGCUGGUGCAAUGGCUGGUGGUGGUGCAAUGGCCUAUGGUAUGCAUGGGCAUAAAAAGCAUCAUAAACACCAUAAGCAUGGAAAACAUUCAUCAAGUUCAAGCUCCAGUAGUAGCAGCAGUGAUGAUGAAUUUCGCCACCUGCCCAAACAUGAACGCAAGAGGAUGAAAAAGAUGAAGCAAAUGAAAAAAGGACACAAGAUGCAUUAUUAAUCAAUUACUCAACACAAAUUGUAUUUGAAUAUAGAAACUAUUAAUCGCUAGCUAGUGAAAAACAAUUUUUAAAGGCAGAUAGUCAACCACUGCUGUCAACAGAUUUUGUGUUUUCACUCCUUACUAAUCCUCAAGGUAGGCGUAAAGUAAACUAUUAUAUUUUGUGGAUUGGUUGCCUGGAUUUUAUUGAAGUGGUAUUCCUGAUAAUCACUAUAUUGGGUCGUACUAUGUAUGUUUUAUUUAGUGCCAGAUUUCUAUGAUUUCAAAUGAACGUUUACAACAAUAAAUAUUUAGUCAUUCGUAUUGCUUUGAGUGAGAUAUUUUUAUAAUCAUGAUUUCAUGCCUAUUAAUAAUCAAUAUAUAAUUUCAAAUUGCUAUAUAAUGUUAUGCACUUUUUUGGGCGCUUUCGAAGUAUGUGCGCCAUGAUGGCGCACGACCUGAACCCUAAUCUGGUACACAUACUAUGUUCAAGAUGUGCGCCAUCUUGGAGCACGUACUUCUCGAGCUCCCUUUUUUGUUGUCUGUAAUGUUUUUCCCGCCUUGAAACAAUCUAUGUACAAAAUUAUUUCCCUAUUUACAGGGGAUAAUGAAUUGAUAAAAUACAACAUUGUUCAAGUAGUUAUAGCAUGCUUGAAAAUAGGAGUCUUAUGGGUGCUCUCGAAGUAUGUGCACCAAGAUGGCGCACAACCUGAACCCUACCCUGGUACACAUACUGUUGUGCGCCAUCUUGGUGAACAUAUUUCUGGAGGUCCGUUUUAUGAUGGGAAUUGAAAAUUGGUGGCAAAAAUCCAUGUACACAAACCUUCUACUGCAGUCAUAUGCUUGUAUACAAUAUGCUUUGUGGUAUUUAUUCAAUUGUUUUCAGUUAUGCUGUGCCUUCAUUUUUAUUUGAAAAUUAUGGUAUGCAAUUGUUGAAUUGUAAUGUUGCAAGCAACUCCACUUUAACACUCAGCUUCAAAAAAUUUUGCGGUGUUUAUUUUAAACAUACCAUUAGGUAGUUAAUAUAAAGAUUCUAGGAUGUUAAAUAUAUUAUAAUCAGGGCCCUCAUGCCAUCCCUAUUUUUGAGAUUUAUCUUUAUUCAUCGGACUCACAUCUUACAAAAUGAGCUUGUCCUUGUUUUCAUAAUUUGCCCCAUUCUUUCAAAAGCAAAGUGCAUAGUUAAUUAUGAAUUAUAUGGAUAGGGUACUUACAUUUUAAUUUCUGGUCAUUUCGAAAGUAUUGUUGGUAGAAUCGGUAAGGCUAUUACUUUCUUGCUCCGAAAAUUUCAGUAAACAACUGCCUAUAUCAUUUUCAUGUUUGCUGUGGUAUUAUUAUGUUUCUAUGUAUGUGAAACGUAUAUGGCUCGUUAAGGUAGCAAAAUAUUAUUUUGUCCUCAUAAUUGCACCUAAUUUAUAGAAAUAUAACCAUAUUGAAACAUUUG